CUUCUGUUUCUCUUCAAAAUACAACGAUCGAUAAAAAGUAUCUUGUGCGUGUUUAUCAAUAUGCUGGCCCUUGAAUAUAAUAUUUUUAAAUAUUCCAAUUCAAUAAUUUUAAUUUGCUACAUUAUAAUAAUCUAAAUUGUAAUUGAAUUGUGUUCUUAUUCCAGAAAUAGUGCUGAUUUUACUGUUGUCGUGAUUAAUCCAAACUAAAGAAGGACUGAAGAUUUGUCGGCAUUUUGUAUCAAGAGUGGUACCUGUUGAUAAUAUUUAAUUCAAUAUUGAAUUUUUCUUCACCAAAAUGGAAGAUCUACUUCUACAAAUAGUGAACGAAGCGACUGGGCCCAAAUUUUCUGAUGUAAGGAAAGCGGCUCAAGAAGCAUAUGAUUUCUUGCAGUCUCAGCAGUGCAUGAUUCGAGAUCCUGCUCAUGAAUUGAGAGGAAAGUGCCUAUAUGCCAUUCAGUUAUCUUUGGAAACGAAAAAGAGCAAGUUUGUUUCUUUUGGUCUCACUGGCCUUCAUAAAUUGCUUCGAGAUGACCGGUUCCAGUCGAGUUUUGAGCCCGAGGAUGAUUCUCAGUGGCUACCUUCUCAGCUUCUCACUACUAUUUCUUCUAUAUUAUCUCAAUCUGAUGACACACAAGUGGAUAUGCUUAAGGUUCUCCUGAACAUCGCAUGCUCAUCCUACUGGACAAUGAAUGGUCGAAUAAUAAUUCAAAUUCUGACAUUGUGUAGUGAAGCUUAUGAGUCUGGAAAUCAAGCUAUAAGAACAGCGGCUCAAGCAGCUACUAGUCAAACUCUUCGAUCGUUCUGUAACAUGCUCGAUGAGGAAUCUCAAGAAGUUGAACAAUCAAGUAAACUGAGAGAAGUGGGGAGUGGAGGAAUUGAUUGCUUCAAUGAAGUUAUCCCCAUUCUGCAGUUCAUAUGCAGCAAAAUGGAUGAGACUCAAAGCGGGGACAGGAGCGGCCACAGCGUGGUGUUCCUGCUGGAGUGCCUGCACACACUGGUGUCGAGUCUGCCACAGAGCAUCCACGCCAACCGCUACUUCACCACGUUCCUCUGGCAGAAGCUGUGCCCGGCGCUGAUCGCCUUCCUCGGCUCGCCGCGCGUCGACAAGAAGAUCGUGUCACGGGAGGGACGUGGCGGGGAGGGUGGUGAGGUGGGUCGCGGAUCGGGAGGUCUGGCCGUCGCACCGAGUUUCGACAGUUAUCAGGCCAAAACUGUUUAUAGUAUCGGCAUAGAACUGGUGAGACUAGUGGGCUGUGUUGGAUCUCUACGGCCUGUAUUGGAGUCGGUGUAUCAUAGAAUGCUUCUCUAUCCUCCACCACAACACCGGCUUGAAGCUUUAAAAGCUCUGAGAGAGUUGCUGAGAAGUCCCAGUCGAAUGGUGGAUUUUGCGGGUCCUCUUCUUGUGGAAGACGAAAAAGCCUGUCAGCAGAGUGAUAUGGCUCUCACUAGGCUUGUGAUGGACUCGAUAGAGGAGUGCGCGCGCUGCAGUGACCCGGCCAUAGUGAAUGCGAGUGUGUCGUGCAUCGUGGCCAUGCUCAGCACCCUGCAGGAGCUGGCAUCAGGCAAGUUCAUUGCCGAACGCUACUGCGAGAAGAUCAACGCCAUCUACCCCUCGCUCAAGAACUGUGACUACAGAGGACCAGUGACGUAUGAGAGUAUGGCACGUCUGCCGCGGCUGUACAGAGAGCGGAUGGAGCGUGAAUGGGCAGGGGUGGGGGUAGGUGCGGGUGCGGGGGAGGCGAGUGACGGAGAGGGGGGCAACAGCAGCCGAAGCAGCAGCAGCGGAGUGCUCAGCAGUGCACACUCGUCCGGACAGACUGAGGGACCUGAAGACGAGUUCAGGCUCGAUGACUCUGAUAUGGAGGAAUUGGUGGCUGAAGCAGAAAGAAAGAAAGAAGAGAGGGAAGCUUUGCGCUUGGAAAAACUACCUAAAACUCUAAAUUUUGAUGAUAAUACCACCACUCGGACUGCAGCUGACAGUUUCGAUGCAGAGAGACAGAAUGCUCGUGAGUUUGUAGUUGCUCUAAACAAUCUUCUUCCAACGCUUCUGUCUUUGAGGAGUUCUAUUCAGGUUGAUGAAGCUAUACAAGAGUUUUCUUCCAAGUACUGCCAAGGUCUCUAUUCAGACAACAAACACAUGGAAGGAAACGCCUCUCCUACAAUUAUCAACGCAGAUGGAAUCUAUCUUGCAACAUAUUCAGCGUUGUUGCUAAAUUUGAAGCUUAUUCAACAUGGCUAUUACCAGCAUGAAAUGAAAAAUGUUCCGUUGAAUGAGGAACAGUUUGUUGAAGAGGUUCACGGGAGUGGUGUUCUGGUGUAUUUGUCGGCCACUUGGUUGUCUGAGUUGUACCAGCAGGUGUUGGUUUGCAGCUUUCUGCAGCAGAGCGGGUACAGCCCAGCCUCCACAGAUAACCUGGCACUCAUUAACCUCCUAACAGAUUUCGAUGGAUUGGGCAGUUUCCAACAAGGUGGCCAACUGCUAACUGACUUUCAACGUCUUGAGAGGGCCACAUCCAGAAGUGAAAUGUCACAGGAAGUUGAAUCAGGUGUGAAGUUGUCGCGUCGGGUGCUGACAUGCUGCUGGGACUCGAUGCUGGGAGUUCUGUCAGCGCCGAUGUCUCUGAGCGGCAAGCGCUCGAACGCAGCCGGCCUGCCUCUGCUGAGCAGUGAGGCACUCAAGGAGUCGUUGCGACGCGAGGCACUCGUCAACAGCCUUGAGGCACUGCAGCGCGCUGCCACGCUAUGCAAUGUUUUAGGUAUGCAGAACCGUUGCGGUGGUAUAUUCGCCCUGCUGGCGUCAGCGUCGUGCCCGGAGAGUGAUGGCGGCUCGGCACUGGGCUCGCUCAGCCUACCCCUCCCCCUCUCCAGGCAGAAGAAGUUGCACGCCUCGCAUGCUCUCAGCAUGGAUGUGCUGCUCUCCAGAGGCGUCGAGCUGGGCAGCCAUGCUCCCGACUGCUGGACGCAUGUCUUCAGAUGCUGCUUGCACGUUAGUCAGUUGGAGCAUAACUUUUUCGGUCGCAAUCAGCAAGGUGUGAAUUUGGCGCCAAAAUCCAACGCUAAAACUUCCAGUGCAAAUACUGCAGCCACUGAAAAAUUGUCCACCGCUGAAAGGCUAAAUCUCAGCUUCGCCCAAGAAGAAGAUGAUGACGUUUGUGUGGACGUGUAUGGAUUCCUGGCGUCUCCAAGUGGCAACGUGAUGGACGUGGGAAAUAUAGCGGACAUUGUUGCCGAGAGCAAGGCUGAUGUGGUGAGCCACGGCAUUCUCAAUCAGGAGUACGCGGCGCGAGUCAUCUGUGCGCUGUCUCAGCUUAUUGACAGGCUUUUCGAAGAAGCAGCGUUGAAACUGAACCUGCAGGCACUGACGAACUUCAUCCAGACACUGUGCAGCGCGUCUCAGAGCCAGCUGUUCUCGCGCUACGAGGCCGGCGGGGGCGGUGGUGGAGGGGGUGGCGCCGGGGGCGGUGGUGCUAAGUGGUGGACUCCGGCCCGGCUGGCGAUUGCCAAGGCUUGGUUGCCGCCCCUCGACUCGACGCAGACGGGGUCUGCACUGCUGCUCACUCGGGUCGCGCAUGUCAUGCUCAAGACCAUCCACAGCGGCCGACCGCUCAUUCACAUCAUGCGCGCCUGGUCCGUUGUCGGUCCGCAUCUCAUGGAGAUUGUGAGCUCGAUUUGUGAGUUUGUGGAAGCAAAUCACAAUGAGAUAAGAUCGGGAUGGCGACCGCUGUUUGGUGCACUGAGGGUCGUCGACAGCAGUCAUCUCGGCUCAUUGCUCGAUGUCUUCAAAGUCUUCCUCAACACAAACAACACUCUUGUCUUCUCCAAUGCUGCUGUCGACUGUAUACUAUGCCUACUGAAACACGUCAGAGGAAAAGACUCGGUGGAUGAUGGCGUAACAAUUGAUCAGCAGUCACUGGACCUCUGUAAGGCUGCCCUCCAAUAUUUGAAUCAAUGCAGUACUAUUCUGUCAUCCAUGUAUGAUAUGCCAGCCUGUCCAGUAUUCCAUGUGGUUCACAGAAUGAAAGUUCUAGCGCCGGCACAACGCGUCGACCCGAUAGUGCCGAACAUGGAGCUGAUCAAGCUGGGCGCUGAGACAGAGUACAUCGGUGGCACAAACGACAUGUCCUACAGUCAGUUGUCAGUGAGCGGUGGCGGAGGUGAGGAGGGAGGGGCGAGUGGCGACGGUGGAGGCGGCGGGGAGAAGGGAGGGGCGUGUGGAGGUGGCGGCGGCGAUGUAGUGGCGGGAGGCGGUGAAGAGGGAGGCGGUCUGGCGGCUCUAGAUAGACCAAGCGGCGUGCUGCGUGUGUGGACGCUGCUGUUGGAUGGCCUCGCCUCGGCCACCACCGCCUGCCCCCGCAACUGCCAGCCGCACGCACUCGACACACUCUUCACGCUACUCAGAAACGUCUUCCAGUACCCCGGUCCAGAAUUUGGUUUAUAUUGCGUGAACCACUUACUCCUACCUACCGUUCAGUCAUGGCUUAGGAAAACAAGCAAUUUGUACCGUGGAUGGGACACUGUAGCUCCAAACUAUAAACAAUGUUGUGGCCUUACUACUGAUCUAGUUGUGAAAUUUUUGACUCAAUUGAAUGAUUCGGGUAACAUUGAUAAGGGAACGCUGAUGCUGCGUCAGUUGGUUUUAGUUCUGGUGGAAUGUGUCGUCCAACCUGUCGAAAGCAUAGCCAGAUUGGGAUGUGCUUGCUUGAGACACGUGAUGCUGAGCGCGGGCCCGUUGCUGAGUAGUGCCCAGUGGGACGUGGUGUGCGCGGGCCUGCACCGGGCCUGCCACCUGUCGCUGUUCUCGCUGCAUCAGCUGAUGUCGGCAUUCAGGGCCGGCUCACACUCGUUCUACGGUGACACGGCGCACGUCAAGGUGGCGGCUCGGCGCGACUCGUCGCCGCAGGAGAGCCAUCGGCUCAAGCAGCUCGCUCAACAGGUGUUUUUAUUAGAAGGACAGCGAGAUGAAGAAAACCUGUCGCCACCGACCGAUAUGCCGAUCGACGAACGAAGCUACGUGCUGCUGCUCUACCCGCAAGACCUGGCUGCAUCCGCCAACCCUGAGAACUAUGUUGUCAGAGUGCCUUUCCGAAAUCUGGUCAUCGGACUUUUAGCCCAUCAAAUGCUACUGCAAACCGUUGGAAGCCUCCUAGUUCAGGGAACUUCUCAUGUUAUUCCAAGCUUGGCCAAUGUCCUGCUGCAAGCACCAGCUAUGACUCCCAGUGAAAGUCACUCGGCGUCAAACAAGGAUGACAACCUGCCUGGUCUGAUGAUGUGCAUGGCCCAAGGCCACAUCCAGACGCUGCUCUCCUGUCUGGACAUGUCCUACGAGGGAGCCAUUGAGUUCGACUCUCGUCCCGGCCUCAAAUUCCUUGUUCAAAAGGUAGCCGGCCUAGACAGGGCUGCAAAUCUCUACAGACAAGCAGGAGCUGCUUGGACAUUGAAAGUGGUUACACUGUUUGACCUAUGUUUGCAUAAAGUGGGUAAAUCUGGAGCUACACUCGAUAAUGUGAAGAAGAUAAUGGAGGAUGAUGAGUCGAUUGAGAGUGUGAAAGGUUCGAAAGAAAGUUGUAAACAAAAAGUGAAGGAUAAUGGGAUAAUGCAGAAAACUUUGGCUAACGAGGAUUAUAACUAUAAUGAUAUGUCGACAUUCUUGAAGCGACUUAGACAGAGUUUUGAUAACCUUUGCGAUACCUACAUAGAUAUAGUUUUGGACAAGGAUGGACAGCAUUCGGCUGUUGACAGGAUAUCGGAUCAGCCGAUUUUCUUCCUGAUCGCACAGACUGACGAUUUUCCCGACUUACAACUGAAAGAGAUACCAAUCACUGUUGUGAAGAAAGAUUUGGAUGCCAGUUGCGCCACAGACGACGAGAAGAUUGUCGCAGAGAAGGCAAAAGAGGAAGUGAAUGAGAAAGAGUCGGUUACACAGAAUGAUGGGGAAACUGAGGUGACAACAUCCAAGCCAACCCGACCGUUCCUGCUAUCCGACUUUGCCAACCAGUACCACGAGAGUGAGGCGGACGCCGGUCGCAGCGAGGAGAGUGUGGAGCCGAAGAGCUACGAGGACAACGGUUGUGGGAGUGAGAUGGAUAACCUGGUGGACGAGUACAAGCGAAGGAAGCAGCAGAUGUGUGCGAGUGCGAUGCCGGCCCGGCGCAAUCCGUUCUCCACUCUGCGCAAGACCAAUUCGGUCGACACCACUCCCUCUGAGCCCUUGCCUCCUGAGAUUGAGCAGCAGCGGAAGAAUAGCUUUUACAAGAUGGAAUAUUGUGAACGACCACUUUUUGUUUGUUGCAGCUUGGCCAAUGUCCUGCUGCAAGCACCGGCAAUGACUCCCAGUGAAAGUCACUCAGCUUCAAACAAGGACGACAACCUGCCUGGUCUGAUGAUGUGCAUGGCUCAAGGCCACAUCCAGACGCUGCUCUCCUGUCUGGACAUGUCCUACGAGGGAGCCAUUGAAUUCGACUCUCGUCCCGGCCUCAAUCCUAGUUCAAAAAUUGCGCCACAGACGAUGAGAAGAUUGUUGCAGAGAAGGCAAGAGGAGGUGAAUGAGAAAGAGUCGGUUACACAGAAUGAUGGGGAAACUGAGGUGACAACAUCUAAGCCAGCCCGACCGUUCCUGCUAUCCGACUUUGCCAACCAGUACCACGAGAGUGAGGUGGACGCAGGUCGCAGCGAGGAGAGUGUGGAGCCGAAGAGCUACGAAGACAACGGUGGUGGGAGUGAGAUGGAUAACUUGGUGGACGAGUACAAGCGAAGGAAGCAGCAGAUGUGCGCGAGUGCGAUGCCGGCCCGGCGUAAUCCGUUCCCACUCUGCGCAAGACCAAUUCGGUCGACACCACUCCCUCUGAGCCCUUGCCUCCUGAGAUUGAGCAGCAGCGGAAGAAUAGCUUUUACAAGCUUGGCCAAUGUCCUGCUGCAAGCACCAGCUAUGACUCCCAGUGAAAGUCACUCGGCGUCAAACAAGGAUGACAACCUGCCUGGUCUGAUGAUGUGCAUGGCCCAAGGCCACAUCCAGACGCUGCUCUCCUGUCUGGACAUGUCCUACGAGGGAGCCAUUGAGUUCGACUCUCGUCCCGGCCUCAAAUUCCUUGUUCAAAAGGUAGCCGGCCUAGACAGGGCUGCAAAUCUCUACAGACAAGCAGGAGCUGCUUGGACAUUGAAAGUGGUUACACUGUUUGACCUAUGUUUGCAUAAAGUGGGUAAAUCUGGAGCUACACUCGAUAAUGUGAAGAAGAUAAUGGAGGAUGAUGAGUCGAUUGAGAGUGUGAAAGGUUCGAAAGAAAGUUGUAAACAAAAAGUGAAGGAUAAUGGGAUAAUGCAGAAAACUUUGGCUAACGAGGAUUAUAACUAUAAUGAUAUGUCGACAUUCUUGAAGCGACUUAGACAGAGUUUUGAUAACCUUUGCGAUACCUACAUAGAUAUAGUUUUGGACAAGGAUGGACAGCAUUCGGCUGUUGACAGGAUAUCGGAUCAGCCGAUUUUCUUCCUGAUCGCACAGACUGACGAUUUUCCCGACUUACAACUGAAAGAGAUACCAAUCACUGUUGUGAAGAAAGAUUUGGAUGCCAGUUGCGCCACAGACGACGAGAAGAUUGUCGCAGAGAAGGCAAAAGAGGAAGUGAAUGAGAAAGAGUCGGUUACACAGAAUGAUGGGGAAACUGAGGUGACAACAUCCAAGCCAACCCGACCGUUCCUGCUAUCCGACUUUGCCAACCAGUACCACGAGAGUGAGGCGGACGCCGGUCGCAGCGAGGAGAGUGUGGAGCCGAAGAGCUACGAGGACAACGGUUGUGGGAGUGAGAUGGAUAACCUGGUGGACGAGUACAAGCGAAGGAAGCAGCAGAUGUGUGCGAGUGCGAUGCCGGCCCGGCGCAAUCCGUUCUCCACUCUGCGCAAGACCAAUUCGGUCGACACCACUCCCUCUGAGCCCUUGCCUCCUGAGAUUGAGCAGCAGCGGAAGAAUAGCUUUUACAAGGACAGCGAGGCACACAUCGCAGUGUGGGCGGAGAUGCUGGUGUCGGUGUUCGACCUGCUGUCGCAACUGGACGACGAACGGUGUCGCACACUGCUGCCUGUGCUCGCGCAAGGAGUACGCGCACUAACCGCGCAUGCCACACACGCCGCACUCAAGCACGCCCUUGCCGACUUCUUCCACCGUGUCGCCACCAUCUAUGGGUUCAGUCCGCAAUAGAACAAUGCAUUGUUUUCACCACUACAGCGACGAGGCAUGUUGAAAUUGAAAUUAUUAUUUCCAUUCAUAAUAAUCAUUUUACAGUGUAAACAAAUAAUAAUAUUCGUAUGGGUUUUAUUAUUGGGGAGUCCCUGACGGAAGUUCCACCUCGCCUGAAUAUAUCAUUUUAGCCGUCAAUAGGCCUUACGACUGUCAUACUUCAGCCGGGACCGACAGUUUAACUUGCCCAUCCGAUAACAUGUUUAAACAAAUGGGUUAUACCACAGCCACCUCUAAUACAAGGCCGCGGCCUACGAUGAUGCAACGUCGCAGUGUAGGUCUACAAUCUAAUACGUGAUUGGUGAAA